AUGGUCGGUGAGACUCUCGUGACGCUCGGUUUCGCGUCCGCGGCGGGUCUCCGCACUCGUGGACCCCGCUCCGCGCGCACGACGUUUCACGGACCGUUGAAAAAGAACACGCGAUGCACUGCGGUGUGCCUGUUCGGCAUCAACUUCAGCUUCCUCAGGUUCGGCAAGAAGGACGAGGUGUCGCCCACGUGGUUCCUUGAUACGAAGGCUCCGUCCGCGAGGACCGCGCCGCCGGGGUUCGAAAAGGAGGUGAAGAAGCUCAGGAAUGCGGGCGUGGAGACUCACGAUUUUGGCGUUUCGUACCUCCAACAAGAAAUGCGCGGCGACGAAGUCAAGGAGCUGCAGAGGUUCCUGCAGGAGGAGUCGUUCUUCAUGCACCGCGGGGGUCCCACGGGGCACUUCGACCGCGAGACACGAGACGCGGUUAAGGCGUGGCAGCGAAAGCACGGCGUCGUGCAAUCGGGAGGAUGGGGGUAUCAGUCCCGCGCUCAGUACCUAACGCUGAAGGAGCCGCCCGAGCCGUUGUUCGGUUUCGACGCCGGAACUUCCGGAGUCAUCUCGAAUACUAAGCCGUGGAUCCAGGCCAGCACGAAGAAAUGCACCAAGGCCGCAGUGGUGACGGCGCCGGUGAACCUGCCCCGACCAUCCACGAUGUCGGUGGCGUGCAAGGGAUGGGCGGCUUUCUCCGCAGUCGCGCUCUCGGCUUGUUACGCGAGGGUGUUGGCGUGGGUGGAAGACGAUGAGGCGGCGGCGGCGGCGGCGAACGAUGCGGACACAAAGUGGGAGAGGGAGAAAGUCGACGCGGCGACGAGCAUAGAUCUCGCGUUCGAAGAAGCCAUGCGUCGCAUCGAUGCAUCGUAUAAGCGAUGCAUCGAUAGAUUAUAG